AUGGGACACUGUUUCUCUCGGUCUCGUUCUCAUGAUAUCCCUAUUUCCUCUUCUUCGGACGAGGACUACUACCAACCAGCACCACCUAAAAGACCAACCCAAGCACGUUAUAAUCCACCCCCGCCGCCGCCGCCGCCACCGCCAGCAGCAGUAUCAGCAGCCACCUCAAAACCAGCUCUGACUUCGAAAACAUUUGAGAAAUCUCGAACUACCGUUACUUCAUCCUCAAAUAUUGGUCCCAUUCUUGGUAAACCAUACAUUGACAUAACCACAAUUUACGAUCUUGAUAAAGAAUUGGGGAGGGGCCAGUUUGGUAUAACUUAUCUUUGUACAGAGAAAGCUACAGGAAGAAAGUAUGCGUGCAAGUCUAUAUCAAGCCGUAAACUUGUGAGUGCAAAGGAUAUUGAGGAUGUUAGAAGGGAGAUUGCGGGUGCUUAUGAGGAUAAACAGAAUCUUCAUUUGGUCAUGGAGUUAUGCUCUGGUGGGGAGCUUUUUGAUCGGAUUAUAGCGAAAGGGACUUACUCGGAGAAGGAAGCUGCGACAAUUAUUCGGCAGAUUGUGAAUGUGGUUCAUGUGUGUCAUUUUAUGGGAGUUAUUCAUAGAGAUUUGAAGCCUGAGAAUUUCUUGUUUGCAAGCAAAGAGGAGAACGCUCCAAUCAAAGCUACUGAUUUUGGACUCUCUGUCUUCAUUGAAGAAGGAAAAGUGUACAAGGACAUUGUCGGAACUCCAUACUAUUUUGCUCCGGAGCUGUUAAGACGGAGUUAUGGAAAAGAGGUUGAUGUAUGGAGUGCUGGGAUCAUUUUGUACAUUCUUCUAAGUGGGAUGCCUCCUUUCUGGGCUGAACAUCCAUGGAUGAAGGUGGAUGGUGGAGCAUCUGGCAAACCUGUUGACAGUGCCGUUCUGAUUCGGAUGAAGCAGUUCAGAGCGAUGAACAAGUUAAAGAAGCUUGCACUAAAGGUUAUUGCAGAGAACCUUUCAGAGGAAGAAAUCAAGGGCUCAAAGCAGAUGUUCAGCAACAUGGACACCGACAGAAGUGGUACUAUCACAUACGAUGAACUAAAAUCUGGACUGUGGAGGCUAGGAUCUAAGCUUACUGAAGUAGAAAUAAAGCAGCUGAUGGAUGCUGCUGAUGUUGACAAGAGUGGUACUCUCGACUAUGUCGAAUUCAUUACGGCUACCAUGCAUCGGCAUAGACUUGACAAGGAAGAAAACUUGUACAAGGCCUUCCAAUACUUUGACAAGGCUAACCGCGGGUUUAUCACUAGAGAGGAGCUAAGACAAGCCAUGGCUCAAUAUGGGAUGGGUGAUGACGCUGCAAUAGAUGAAGUCAUAGAAGAUGUUGAUACUGAUAAAGAUGGAAACAUCCACUAUGAGGACUUUGCAGCCAUGAUGAGAAAGGGAACCCACGAUUAUGAAACAUUAGACACAUUGAAUGCCAGUGUGGGUAUAACUGCAAAAACUGCCAUUAAAACAGCACGACUCUGUAAGUUGGGAUUUCACUUGCCAAUGGCCCCAACUCAAGAAUGGGAAAGACAUUCCAAAGUGUUGAACCCAACGCUCGGCACCAUCUAA